AUGAAAACGUACGACAUCUGGGGUGCACCAGCGGGGGAUGCUGGUUUCACGGGUGGGUCACGGGCAAGGUCGAACGGUUCCUUUGACCCAAUUGUCCCGACCGGUUCGGCCGGUCAUCCGCGGAGUCGGUACAGCUACGGCGGCGACAGUGGUGUUGGUUCGAGCGAAACUUCCUUUUACGGUGACGCAAGCCACGGCAACAGUCUGGCGGUCAGUGAUGGUGGUGGUGGUGGUAGCGGUGGCCGAGGACGGUCCGCAAAAGUUUUGAACUUCCUGCCAGUGCCGGUGGAUGACGAGUGUCUGUCGGAUGAUGGACGCCGGACGGGCAUGUGCAUGAACGUGUACGAGUGUCGCAUACAGGGCGGUAAGGCCCGGGGUCAGUGCGCUCUCGGCUUCGGUGUUUGCUGUGUCUUCGUCGCCACCUGCAACGACGAAAUCGCCAACAACAUCACCUACUUCGUUUCGCCCAGCUUUCCCGGCAUCGUACCGAAGGAUCUGGGCAGCUGCAAGCUCAAGAUUAAGCUGAUGAACCCGGAGGUGUCGCAGCUCAAGUUUGAGUUCAUCCAUUUCGCUUUAGGACAACCGAACCGCCGAACGGGUGUGUGCGAAGGGGAUCUGUUCCGGUUGAUUGGCGGUGUCGUACCGUUCGACCUGUGCGGUCAAAAUUCGGGCCAGCAUCUGUACUACGAUUUGAAUCCGAAGAGCCGUGCGAACGAGGAGGUCGAGCUGGAGAUGAACUUUGCAUCCCGUUCGUUCGCCCAGCGCCUGUGGGAGAUCCGGGUUUCGCAGAUCCCGUUCAGCCAGCGGUCACCGAGCGGCUGUAUGCAGUACUACACCGGUACCGAGGGUCUGAUACAGACGUUUAAUUUCGCCGAAAAUGGGCGUUACCUGGCCAACCACAACUACCGGGCCUGUAUCCGGCAGGAAAAGAACAUGUGCUCCGUGGCGUACGAACCGUGCGAUGACCAAUCGUUCCGGAUCGGCAUUCCGAACCAGCUAAGCGAUGAACCGGAUGCAGGUGGUGGUGGUGCCGGAGGUGCCGGUGGUACUGGUGCCGGUGCUGGUGCCGGUGGUACCGGGCUACCGGGAGUUCCCGGUACGGGAAACCUUCAAGGGCUUCCGGGAGCAGCAACGGGUACGGGCCCGUUCUCCGAUCCAGCGCUAGCGGACGAUCCGUUAGCACCGGCAGCCGACAUUCCGGCCGACACGGUACCGGAACAGGUAGUCGAGACACCUGAGGUGACAAAUGCUGAUGAAGCGGCCCCUGCAGCCGAGGAUCAGGAGGUGGCAGCGGAUGAACCGGUUCCGGCCGAGGAGGAACCGGCAGCCGAUGAUCCGGAUGCGGCCGCCGAUGAGGAAGGAUCCGGUGGUGGUGGUGCUGGUGGUUUCUUCGAUGGCUUCUUUCCGUCGUUCUUCUCGAGAAGCAUCUUCGACGAGGAUGUCGAGGAUUCUCGAGGCCACUGGCAGAGUCGUCAGUUUGAGGGCAUUAACUGUGCGGAUCGCAUCACGCUUCCCUGCAUCGUGGAGGACUUUAUUGGUGUGGGAAUGGGAGAGUUACCGACCUGCCGGCCGGUGCACUGCGGGAACUCGCUUUGCCCGCCCGGAGUGUCCCCGUGUCGGGUGGAAACAUCGGUCACACCGUUCAGUCUGGGCAUUCACUUCGGUGAGGGUCGCGAUCGGGGUAGUCCGGAGGAUAAUUUGGGUGCCUGCAUCAAGUACAGCCAGAUACCGUGCGCUGGCUAG